CGUGACGCGAUAUCCGCCUUACUGUUUGUGUACAUUUUGCCAUGCUGUAUGCUAACACAAACUAACAAAUCAAAAUGGAAACCAACCUACAUUGAAAGUCGUAACAAUUUUGUUUUCUGGAUAAGGAACAUUACGGACCUUCAGAGUGAAGUUGCUGAUAUGCAUAAAACACAACACGAACAAAGAGGAUUACCACGGAGCCCCUUAGUUGUUGUAGUUGGUCCUCAUUUAACUGAGCUAAAUCACUUUUUUGUAUCGUUAGGUGAUAUCAAUUAUCAGUUACCUACUUUUCUGAAAGCACUGGAUGUUUGUUUCAAGAUAUUCAAAGCAUACGAUUUACCAUUCCCAUGUGAAUCAGCUGGCUUGUGGAAUCUGCUCAGUCAUAUUGUUUAUGAUUUAGAUCCCGAAGAGAAUAGUCGUACCAAAAUAUCAUCUAUCACGCAAUAAGCGCCAGCAACUAACAUGUACCAUUGCCCUAUGUCAGGAUGUGCAUGGGAGUCCGUCUCCUGUGAUCGCUAUGUUCCUCAUCUCAGACGGAUGCACGAUCCAUUUAACGGGUUCAAGUGCAUUCAUAAUUGCGGGCGUCAAAUGACAUCACUACAGAGCCUACAAAAACAUAUGAAAUGUUGUCCAAAAAAUAAAGAGAUGCGAAAUUCAACACGGUCAAUUGAAAUUAUAAACCAGACAGUGUCUUUUUCAAGAAACGCAAAUAAAUCAGCGUAUAAUUCAAACAAUAGUUUCUGCGAUCCGACCAACUCGAGAGAAAACGAUAAUCUAGAUUCAAAAAUGUCAGAAUCAAAUUCCAAAAAUAUUAUUACCAGUAAAAACUUGAAUAAUUCAGUUCUAAAGUUGACAACGGAAUGGUUGAGUGAUAGCACGUUGCCAAGAAAAGUUGCUUUCAAGAUGAGCAGAGAUAUUAAAUUAAAUAUAAUCCAGCCACUCAAUGAUCUGAUCAACUUAGCGCAUUCCACUCUUCUAAUGUCAAAGGAAUGUAAAGAAUUACUCAUCAGUAUACUGCAAACAUACGAUUGUCCUACCGAAUACAGCUUCAGAAAGGAGCUUAAGAGACGAGAACUUUUUGAGGAUCCAAUAUUUUUUACAAUAAACGAUGGUUCUUUUUCUGAGAAUGUGCUAUCGAACACAUCAGCGGGUACAGAUCGUAUUGAAGGUGUAUUGAUGCCUGUGAAAUUUAUGCUAAAGAAGUAUAUGCAGGCUGAUGGCGUAAUGAACCAGAUCUUAGCCAGUCUAAAAUUAUCCAGCAACGGUAUCAUUCGGUCAUUAAUCGGUGGUUCGAUAUGGCAAGAAAGAACGGCUUGUAUGUGUGAUAAAAUUGUAGUUCCAAUCAAUAUUUACUUUGAUGAUUUUUGCACCGGUGACACUGCAUCCUGUCAUUCAAGAUCUACUUCGAUAUGUGCAAUAUAUCUUAGUGUUCCGUGUCUACCUGGCUAUUUACUCGCUAGAUUAAGUAACAUUCUGAUUGUAGGUUUCAUCAGAAGCCAAGAUAGAAAAAGAUCCAGCAAUGAUAUAACUCUUUGUACAUUAGUAGAACUGCUGAUAGAAUUGGAACAAGAGGGUAUUGAAAUAAAUCACAACGGAACUGUCAUGAGAGUAUUUUUUGUUCUUGGUUUUGUUCUAGGUGACAAUCUAGGUAUGAACGGAAUUUUAGACUACGUUGAGAGCUUUAGGGCAAACUUCUUUUGCAGAGUUUGUAAAAGGAUGCGCGUACAAACCGAAACUGAUGUAAUAGAGUAUCCCACAUGUUUUCGAAAUAUUCCUAGUUAUGAUAGAGAUGUUCAGCUUGAUAUUAUAUCGAAAACUGGAAUCAAAGGCCCUAGUAUAUUGAACCGUAUUCCUUCAUACCAUGUAACACAUAAUUUUGUCUUUGACAUCAUGCACGACCUCCUUGAAGGAGUGUGCGUGUAUGAUAUUCAACACAUACUUCAUUAUAUUAUCUAUGAAAAAUGUUAUAUAAGUCUUAGUGAGUUCAAUGCCAGGAAAAACUUUUAUGGUGAUCAAAACUCUGGAAACCUUGUUCACGACAUUCAGGAGCGCAACGUUAAAAUAAAAAACAUUAAGUGUACUGCUAGUGAAAUGAAAACAUUGGUUACAUUCUUACCGUUGAUUUUAGGACCGUUAGUUCCGCAAACUGAUGAAGUGUGGCAAAUUACAUGUGCUUUAGUGAAAAUCGUACACAUAUGUUUAUUAAGAGAAAUAACAUUUGAUCUAAUAAAUGAACUAAGAUCAUUAAUUACAUUCCAUCAUAACCUGUACAUAAAACUAUUUCGCGAUUGCGAUUGCGAUGCGUUUCGAAGCAAAACACAAAGAAACGAAGCAAUAUUGUCAAGUGAACAGUAAUCGAAUGAAUAUAUGCAAAUCAAUUGCUCUUAAAGCAAGUUAUACAUUUUCCAACCAUAUAUUAAAUAAUAAUCUCUUUUCUCCACUAGUUUCAUACGAUCCCAAUCAGUUCGAAAUAAAUAAAUUCGAAGAAAAGUAUGCACUUUAUAUAAAUACUGAACUAUGCAACAUUGAUGGAAACCAAGUUAAAUUUAUAAAAGAGUUCAACAAACAGGGUUACAACUAUAAAAGGAAUUCUUCUUUCUUUUUUGAAACCAUAGGAGUUAUUAACUUCUAUAAAAUAAUUGAAAUAUUUUUAUAUAAAAAAGACGAGUUACUAUUGGCUGAAAGGUUUAAAGCCAAGAAGUUUGACACACAUCUCCAAUCAUAUGAAAUGGAUGAAGCGACAACGGUUACAGUAUUAUGUAAUAUAGAGAAGCAUAAAUCUAAUGUAGCAAACUUAAACGUUUUGCACAACAGAUCAAACAUUACGAAAUAUUUACGUAUGUGCAAUUAUUACAAUGUCAAUAUAGAUAUAGAAGAUGUAAUGAUCAGGAUAUGAAUAAAUAUUUUCUCAUUAAGAGCUAUCAGUGUAAUGAAAAAACAAUGCGAUUACCUGACCAAAACAAUCGCUGCAACAAGCCGUUGCAGUUAUUAUUUUGGUUAGAAUUGCACGAUGACAAUUUUUAAUAAGAAAA